AUGCAGCGACACUUAGAUUGUGGUAAACACGAGCGAGCUCUGGAGCGCGAGACCUUAACAGACAGAGCUGUUAAGGUGUAUGGAGAGAAACUGGAGGGAGAGACCCCUUCAGUACCAGAGGUUAUUGCAAACAGUAGACCUGACAUCAUACCAGAUUCGUGCAGAAAAGUACCAAUGGGCUGGGCACUAAGGGCUGGUGCUCCACGAAAGAGAUUUACUUCCAGCCAGAAUGCCUAUCUUACUGUCAAAUUUAAACUGGGGGAACAAUCAGGACAGAAAGCAGACCCUGCAUCAGUUGCACGUACGAUGGUAAGCGCCAAAGAUGCGAGUGGUAACCGCCUGUUUACAAGCGACGAUUUCCUUACAGAAAAUCAAAUAGCUGCCUUCUUUUCCCGACUGGCUGCGAGAAAGACCCUCCAGGAUGACGAGGAACAGUCUGAUGACGACUUGGAGGCCGCUGCAAGUGAAGCAAGAAUCCAAGAGCUGUCGAAUGCGGCUUUAAAGGAACUGGCGCUUAGACGCCCUAUCACAUAUAAUACGUACAAUCUUUGUGAAAUGGCAGCAAAGUCCAAGUUAAAGAGCUUUUCCAUUUCAUUGCUGAAGGAUAUUUGCUUAUUUUUUAGCAUUGAUAUCAGCGAUAUCUCCGUUCAUCGUAAGCAGCCUUACGUGAGCAGGAUCGAAGCCCUUUGUUUUAGCUGUACCUGUCAGCAGUGA